AUGAGUCAAUUGCCAAUGUAUCAUACUGAAAACCCAGCUGAACGACCUGCCAUUGCACUGCAUGGGUUCAACCGUUCUAAUGCUGGAACAUCACGUCAAAUUGACACUGGCGGAUUAUCAUAUUGGAUCCUCUAUAUGAUGACUAUGGCAGACAAUGCGAGAUCGAACUUCUUGAUUGGCCUCACAAGACGGGACUUCAUGUCACCGAUCUUUGUAUCCCAUGGGAGCUGA